AUGGCAGUCAUCAAGUCAUCCUCGCUCUUAAUCGUGGGUGCAGGCACCUGGGGCACAUCGACUGCACUCCAUCUAGCCCGCAGAGGCUACACAAACGUGACCGUUCUCGAUCCCUAUCCCGUUCCUUCAGCGAUAUCGGCUGGAAAUGAUGUCAACAAGAUCAUCUCCUCGGGUCAAUACAGCAACAAAAAGGACGAGAUCGAGAUCAAUGAGAUACUCGCUGAGGAAGCUUUCGACGGCUGGAAGAACGACCCUUUAUUCAAGCCACACUACCACGAUACCGGACUGCUCAUGUCAGCCUGCACCAAUGAGGGUCUUGACCGGCUUGGAAUCCGUGUUAGACCGGGCGAGGACCCCAACAUCGUGGAGGUCACGCAGCCCGAUGAGUUUCGUAAAUUGGCCCCUCCAGGUGUUCUUCAGGGAGACUUUCCUGGUUGGAAAGGCUACUUCACCCGUUCUGGGGCUGGCUGGGCUCACGCUCGCGAUGCUCUUGUGGCUGCAGCUAGAGAGGCUCAGAGAUUAGGCGUGCGGUUCGUGACGGGGACUCCGCAAGGGAGAGUGAUCACUUUGAUCUUCGAGAAUAACGAUGUGAAGGGCGCCGUCACGGCAGACGGUAAGGUCUGGCGCGCGGAACGUACAUUCCUUUGCGCUGGUGCCAGCGCUGGCCAAUUCCUUGACUUCAAAGAUCAACUUCGCCCGACCGCGUGGACCCUGGUUCAUAUCGCACUUGAGCCAGAAGAACGCGCGCUAUAUAAGAACAUUCCAGUCAUUUUCAACAUCGAGAGGGGCUUCUUCUUUGAGCCAGACGAAGAGCGUGGGGAGAUCAAGAUCUGCGACGAACAUCCUGGGCAUACGAAUAUGGUGCACUUUGCCAAUGGGACUGCGAUGAGUAUCCCCUUCGAGAAGACUCAAGUUCCCCUUGAGGCCGAGAUAAGAGUAAGGGCGUUGCUCUCUGAAACAAUGCCUCAGUUGGCGGACCGCCCAUUCAGCUUUGCCAGAAUCUGCUGGUGCGCUGACACCGCUAACCGCGAGUUUCUUAUUGAUCAACAUCCGCAGUAUCAAUCUCUCAUCUUAGGCUGCGGUGCUUCUGGCAGAGGCUUCAAAUAUCUUCCUUCAAUUGGGGGUCUGAUUGUCGAUACUAUGGAAGGAAAGGUCCCGCAGAAGAUUCGUGAAAUAAUCAGAUGGAACCCUGAGAUUGCUGCCAAUCGGGACUGGAGAGAUACACUCGGAAGAUUCGGGGGCCCUAACAGUGUAAUGGACUUCCAUGAGGUCAAAGAUUGGACAAAUGUACAGUAUAGGAACAUCUCCUCUUUAUAG